AUGCUCUCGAAUGUGGUUUUCUCUGGUGAGGCCGAGCCCGUUCUCAAGAACGAUCCUGAAUUGUGAGAAUAAUCCAUCUCUGAUAAAGAUACGAUUUCGUAUUAUAAUGUUAUAUAUAUUGUAAUUACAGCUACGUUAAUGACAAGGAAAAGAGAACUUUGGUGCUAGAUGGAGAAAGUCUGACACUCGAGGAUCUUGUGGAUUGCUCCAAGGAUUUGGUUCGCAUUGAACUGUCAGAAGAGGCCAAACAAAGAGUCAGAGAUUCCAGGGAAUUCUUGCUGAAGAUUGCUCGAGAACACAAGAGUAGGCAGUCCGCGUAUUCUCAGUAUUAAUGGUUUCAGUUGUUUAUGGCAUUACAACUGGAUUCGGGACCUUUGCCAAUGUGGCCAUCGAGCCUGCUGACAUCCGAAAGCUUCAACUCAACCUUGUCAGAUCUCAUGCCACUGGCUAUGGCCGUUAUUUGGAACCAUCCAAGGCCAGGAUGUUGCUGGCUCUCCGGAUCAACGUCUUUGCCAAAGGGCAUUCCGGAAUUUCUCUGGAGAACGUUCAGAAGUUGGUUAAUGCCUUCAAUGGUACGAAGAUUUCAUUAUUUAAAUCAGCACUUUUUUCGUAGAAGAUUCAUCUCCCUAUUUCAGCGUUCUGUGUGAGUUUUGUUCCUCAACAAGGUACUCUUGGAUGCAGUGGAGAUCUGGCUCCGCUUGCGCAUUUGGCUUUAGGAAUGCUGGGCGAAGGACAGAUGUGGUCGCCGAAGACCGGCUGGGCCCCAGCUGAUAAGGUGUUGGAAGUAAAUGGUCUAGAACCUCUGGAAUUGGGACCUAAGGAAGGUCUCGCUUUGAUUAAUGGAACCCAAAUGGUCACCGCGAUUGGCGCUAUGGGUAGGAUGACGAAAUGUUUUGUCCAAAUUUUUCUUAAUUAUUUCAGCAACAGUGCGAGCAGAGAACUUGGCCAAACAAGCUGACGUUAUCGCUGCCUUGACUUUGGAUGUGCUUAAAGGGACCAGCCGUGCUUAUAAUGCCAGUAAGAACAACAAGUCUGUACCGGUACUUAUGUAAUUCAGAUAUUCAUCGAGUCCGUCCUCAUAAAGGUCAGAAUAUCGUCGCCAGCCGUCUUAGAGCUCUCUCCCAUUCCGAACAGAAUCGUUCCGAGAUUGCGGAAUCUCAUCGAAACUGUGGUCGAGUCCAGGACGCCUACACUCUUCGGUGUGUUCCUCAAGUCCACGGGAUCUCUCAUGACACGAUCGAGUUCGCAAAGAAUGUGCUCACCACGGAGAUCAACUCGGCCACAGAUAAUCCUUUGAUCUUCGCCGAAGAGGAAGAGAUCAUCUCCGGAGGCAACUUCCACGGAGAAUAUCCGGCCAAAGUCCUCGAUUAUUUGGCGAUUGGAGUCCAGGAGCUGGGACAAAUAAGUGAACGGCGACUGGAACGGUUGGUCAACCAUGAAUUGAGUGGCCUUCCCACUUUCUUGACCCGUGAUGGCGGUCUGAAUUCGGGCUUUAUGACCAUACAAUAUUGUGCUACCUCGCUGGGUACGAUUGCAGUCUCCGGUUUUAAUGUCUUUUUGAUGAAUUUACAGUUUCAACGAUAAUAAUUUUUCAAAUUUUAGUCUCGGAGAACAAAGUUUUAUGUCAUCCAUCAUCGGCUGACAGUAUCCCCACCAGUUGCAAUCAAGAAGAUCAUGUGUCCAUGGGAGGAUUCUCGGCCAGGAAGGCCCUCAAAGUCGUUGAACAUACCGAAGCCGGUGAGAAUAUUAUAUUUAGACUUCUUGGGAUACAGGAAUAGGAAUGACAAUCAAUCUUUUACAGUUCUUGCCAUGGAAUUGCUUGCUGCUUGUCAAGGAAUGGAGUUCCUGAAACCGCUAAAGUCUACUGAGCCUCUUCAAAAAGUCUACGAUCUCGUCAGAACUGUUUCUCCGUAAGCAAUCCUCCCGUUUCCUAUCAAUGUCACGCGGAAUUUAUUAUAAAAAAUGAUUUUAGAGCGUUGGAAGAGGAUCGCUUUAUGCAUCCAGAGAUCCAACUUGUAAUCAAACUAGUCCGUGAAAACAAAGUUUGGGAGGUAGUGGCCCCACAUUUGGAGAAGAUGAACGAACUCGAAGAAAAAGACCCAGACGCCCUGCGGCAAGAAUGCGCGUCUCCAACUGGGGGCACUUUUACUUCCAAAGGAUUCGAAGAAGCUUUGUAA